AGGCGUUGUUUAAAAUAAAAGACGAAGGGCUGUCGUUUUAAAUUCCUUCUUCCAAUUUUCUUCACCCAGUUCUCUCUAUUACCAUUUUCAAUUCCAUUGAAGGAAGGAGGAGGGAAAGAACGACCAGCCAAGGCAAUCGGAUAACUAUAAUUAAAAAACAAGACAAACAAAAUCCAAUCUUUCUUUCGAGCAUAUUCAUUCUUCCCUCAAAUAGGGUUAGAUAUCUGUCAGAGGGGCAGCGCCCAUUAAUAUUAUUACAUCAUCAUCGUCAUACAGAGAGCCCAUUUUUUACAGGGCUUCUUUUGGUUCUCGGAGUCGACCCCGCGACCUGUGUUGCAAAAGUUAGGGUUUCAAAGAUUUGAGUCCUUUGGGUUUCAAAAAAACCUCCCGAAGAAAUCUGCAUUAAGUCUGCAAUGCCGAGGAGUUCGCGGCAUAAGCACAGGCAACACCACAAGCGUAGGGAUUCGGCGGAUUAUUAUUAUUCUACGGAUUCUGAUAAUGAUGGCAGCCAAAGCCAAAGCCACAGCCAUAGCCACGGGGCUGCAAAGGGUGGGAAGGGAAGGCAACAGGAUACGGUAAAAUUGAAGUCACCCAAGCAGGGAAAUAAGGAGAAAUCCAAUCGGGGGUCUGUGGUUUCUGUGUCUGAUGAGCGCUGGGAAGGGGGUGGCGAGAAUGCGCUUUCGCUGCUGGCGUAUCUGGAAAAGGAUUCUAAGGCCGAUUCUGAUAGCUCUUGCAGGGAAGACAAUCACAAGACCCGCAGGCAUAAAUCUAAACAGUUCGGUGCGCCCAAUGGGGUUGCAGAGAUUAGGGUUAGUAGUAGAAAAAGGGAAACUUUGGAUAAGGACGAGGGAGGUGAUAAUAGAGGGAAAUCUAGGGUUAAGGAAGAUGUGGAUUCAGGAAGCAGAAAGGAAGCCGUGGAUACCAAGAAAGAGAAUUCUUCUGUCUCGGUGGCGGUUCAACCUCUUCCUGCUAGGGUUUUGGAAGCAACUACUUUGAAAGAGUCUGUUGUUGCCGCUUCAUCCCAAACUGCAAUUGCUAACGAAGACGCUUCGUCUCAAAAGAAAGGGACCAAGGGUACAGAAUGGAAGCUCCAAGACGAGCUUCGUAAUCCUGAGCUUGAGAAAGAGCUUGAAAACCGCAUCCUUCGGCGAAGGGAGGAAUCUGGUGAUAGGGAUAGGUGGAGGGAUGGUGAGAGAGACAGGGAAGGAAAAUCUUACUCUUCCAAAGAUUCUCAUCAAAGGGAUGACAAGUACAAAUCAGGGAAGCAUAAGGAAGACAGAUCCAGGGGUGACAGGUACAAAGAUGAGAGGCAAGAAGAUCAGAAGUCUAGGACUAAGAGAUACAAAGAAGAAUGGAAUAAGGAUGAUAUACUAAGGACUGACAAGUACAAAGAUGACAAGCAAAGGGAUGAAAAACCUAAGGAAGACCGUCAUAAGGAUGCAAGACAGAAGGAUGAUAGGCAUAAAGAACUGGAACAUAGAGAGGAUAAAUGUAAAAAUGACAAAAACAAAGCUGACAAGAAUAAGGAAGGUAAGUUAGAAGAUGGGUGUAAGGAAGAAAAGUAUAGAGAAGAUAGGUACAAGGAUGAAAAACAUAGAUUUAAGAGCAAAGAUGAGAAGUAUCAGGAGAAGUUAUCUCAAGAGUGCACUGUUGACAUAUGUGAUAGUAAAUGCUCAAAGGAUGAAUCUAGGCAAAGACGCCAUUUUAAGGAAAACAACUAUUAUGAUAGUGACCAAGAGAAUAGUUCAUACUAUAAUGAUCAGAAUCUGGAUCGGAAUGAUUCUCGUGAUAAGGAUCAGUUAUCUCAGAAACCAGAUGUAUCUAGCCUAGGUAGGUCCCAUGAAUUCAGAAAGUCCCCUUCUGAAAAGGAAUGCAGAGAAACCGGUAGAGUUUGUGAAGAUGAAGCAUCAGUUCAGGAAAUAUUGCCUGGUGACACUCGAGGCUCCAAUGUAGUUGAUGCUGCUGCAGUUCAUAAUCGUCAAAAAAGAGCACAUGAUGGUCCAAACAUUGGUAGGGAACAGAAGAGGAUGAAAGCUAUAGAAGGCAGAACGGAGUACAAAGAUGCUUUAUUGGAAGAGAGGGUUUCACUUGGUAGGGACAGCCAAGCUUCAAAGAAGAAGAUUGAGGAACAUUUUGACCAUCCCAAACAACUAGCUGUUAUUUCCACAAGGACCACAACUAAAAGGUCCCUGGACAACCAAAGAGGGGAAUCGCCUCCAGGAAGCGCAAACAGUUCCUUUAAUUCAAGUGGAUGUCUUUCACCAUUACAGGUGAGAGAUCGAUCCAUAUCUCCAUCUAGUCGUAAUAAGAAACAUGUGUCUCAUGAGAAGAUGACCAAAAGAAAGAGAGUGGAGCAUGGUUUUAGCAGUCCUAUUGUGCGGCGAGAAGAAAUGGAUAGAUCUAGGAGUUCAGACAGAUGCAAGCAACAUUCAAGCCGUCAAGUUGAAGUAAGGCACAGGAAUGCUGGUGUUGAUUUGAAGGACACUUUUACUUCUAGAGGCAGGUCUCGAAGUACAGACAGGGCUUGCAGCACUAAAUUAGAGAACUCAAACAUUGAUAGGUUCUCCAGAGCUCCUUCUGUACAUGGUGGGAAUUUGAGAGGUGGUGGGCAAGAGGAGGAUGCUUCAGCUGUUGACCACUAUUCGAUGCGACCUUUCACAGUUUCUGGUGAGGGAGCCAAAACUCCAUGUCAUAUGGACGAGGUCACUUCUAAUAAAUCUGGAUGGUCAUCACAUAAUAUCCAAAAUACCAGGUCAGAAGGGUUUCCUGUGCAGCAGCGCACACCUCCUUUUCCUGUUCGACCUUCUGGUCACCUUCCUCCUCCUCCUCCCUUUAGGCCUGGAGUUGAUAAUCCUUCUGUUCUGGGUCGAUCGAACAGUACUUUUGAAGAUGGGCCGUGUUCUAGAGAUCAAGGAAGAGCUGACUGGAAUGCUAAUGCCCCCUUUAAUAGAUGCGAUGUUAAAGGAGGUGUCAGAAACUGGAAUCCACAAGUUCAUGGACCUGGUGCAAGUAAUUUUUUUAUGUCUUUUAAGCAUCAGCCCGCUGGGCUUCCACCUGCAACAUUUCAUAAUAUGGGGCAACAUCUUGGGCCACCCUUAUUUAGAGGAUUAAGACCACCCUCAGAUAUGAGCCAUGGUGGAGUUCCAUAUCAUAUGUGGGAAAAUGGAGAUCGCAACCUUUCUCAUAAUGGUGCUUUUGGUUGGCAGAGACAAAUUGAGGAUGUCUGUGGUACUCAUGUUCAAGGCUCUUUUAAUGCAUGGGAUGGAUAUGUUGAAGAGUCUGCAAUGUAUCUUCGUCGAGAUUGGUAUCAAUAUGGACAAGGAAUGGGUAACCGGGGCUGGGAUAGGCCAACAGGCACUGGGAAAGGACAUAGAAAUGACACAAACACAGAUUUCCCCCAUAAGGAAUCAGAAUUUCAUGGUAAUUAUACUGCAGAAGAAUCUUGGGGUGGGAUUCAAGAUUCCCAAGAGCGGCACAAGAAAUUUAAAAAGGUAAGGUCACCUGAAAAUGAUCAGAUAAAAAAAUCUGAUGGGAUUUCCCCAAAGUCCAUUACAAAAAUACCAUCUCUGUCAUCUGAAACAAAGAAGACAAAUAAAUAUACAUGUGACGGAAUAAAGUUUUAUUUAUCAAGAUUGGACAUAUCACAAGAAUUGGCAGGCCCAGAUCUUUACAAUCAGUGCAUCACCAUAAUUGGCAGAGAACAGAAUGAUAAUUCUUGCAAAGCUGAUUUCACUACAGAUAUGUCCUCUGAAGAUCACCACUUAGAGGUCGAUACUGAUGCAGAUAAUCUCAUUUCCAGUUUUGAUUUACGGCGAGCAGUUUUCUCUACAUUGCCUGAGCAUCAUACACAGCGAACUUUAAACCUUUACAAUAAGGCAAGUAAGCAGAGUCAGAAUGCUGCCACUGUUGAUAUUUCUGCAAAUAUUCAAACAACUUCUACAGAUCAAAUUGACAAAUCAUUUGCAGCUGUUUUACGAAGUGAAGAAGGGUCACGUAUGGCAGAUAAUGAGAAGCCCUUGGUUGAAAUGGUUGAGGAUCUAAAGCCUGAAAUUCUUUCUUUACAACAUGAAUACAUUAGCCCAGAGACUAAGAUAGCACAUUUUCUUGAUGCUGCACAACAGAAUGAUACGAAGAGGGGUCCAGAAGUUUCUGAAACAGCUUUUAAACUGGUGGAUUCUCAUGAUCAAGGCAAAUUUUCCUAUGAUGCAAAUGGAGGAGAAAUUUCUAAACAACAGGAUGAAUAUGUUUUACCAGAGAUUAUGAAACAAAGUGGGAACGGGUUAGAUGACAGCAUGGGGCCUACUGUUUUGACAGGGGACAGAAACUGUUCAGUCAGCCAUUUUCCAUCUGUAGACAGUUAUAACUUUCUGGGAAAUGCAAAGAAUUCUGGUUCAGUUACAUGUAUUGGAACUGAUUCCAUUGACAGUAAAGAUGACGUGGAAAAGGCUGAUGUGAAACAUGUUGAAGAUGCAAGCUGUUCUUCCAAGACCUGGCUCUCAAAAACACCAACUUAUGACUGUAUAUCCUGUGCAAGGAGUGAAUAUGUAGGGUUCAAUGGACUUUGUUUACAAUGUCAGGGUGGAAAUCAACCAAUUGCCGAUGAAUGUCAUGAUACCCCAAUCCAGCAAAGUGAAUCACUUGAACAAUCAAAGCUUUUUCACGAUGAAGCAUUGAAGUUUGACUUUGUUGAUUCUAAAGAGCUAGUUUCAGCUGCCUGUAUCGUGCAUAUCUUGAGGGAAGUUUCUUUUCAUGUCGGGUUGCCAGCAAUUCGACUGCCACAUUUGGUUGAGGUGGCAAUCGCAAAUGUUUCAUAGUUUUGCAGGAAAAUCCUCGAGAGCUGAAUAUCAAUCAUCUUUGCACUUCAAAUUUAGUUCAAGGAUGAUUUGUAUAAUUAAUGUAUAAAUUAGCAUUUUAGUCUCAAUUCUAUUAUUUUUUAAUUUUUCAAGUACAGGCAUUGCAUUCUCAGUUCUUGAGUUGGUCGUCAGUGCAUUGAAGCUGACAAAAUACACCAAGAUCAAUUAAUAUAUCUUGGUCCAAAUAGUGCAUCAAAUUGCACUAUACCAGUAAAUGUGAAGCUAAACUCUAUACAGGAUGCUGCAUGUGAUCUAAAACGUUUUCGGAAUGUUUAGCUUUGUUUUUGUUUA